AUUUAACCAACAACGUACUUGCUAAAACCAGUACCUAUUUGUUUUGUCUCAGUAGAGGUGAAAACUUAGUAACAUUCAAAGGUUACUUAAGGUUCAUGAAUCAUUAAACUUCUAGGAAUAAAGAUAAAUUGAGGAAGUAUUUCCUAGCACUUAUUUUCAACGUCUAUUUAUGGGUACUUCAUUUGAGUAUUGAUUCACGAUCAGCCUCCGAUAUUUAAGCUUACAGCAACGUCUAAUACUUGACUUUCUUUUUUCCAUUUAUCAUUCUUUUCAUCGCUUGUAAAUUUUUUAUUGGAUAUUUUUCUUGAUUUACUUCUAAUACCUUGACUUCUUUGGUAACAUAUUUAUAUCCCUAUUGAAGUAAACUUUUCUUUGGCAUUUAAGGAACAUUCAUUUGUACAAUUUCUCAUUGGUUUUUCAUUUUUUAUUUCUACGAAAACGCUGUCUUUUCCAUUCUCAUCUUUUAAUUUUCCCCUUGGUUUUAACCUUCAUAUUAUCUUCGUAUAAUCAUAAUCAUACUGGCUUUAUUCUUGAUAUUUUGAAGAUAAGCAUAGUGUCUUUUGUUUUACUUUACUUGCUUUUCUGCUAAAUUCAUUCUACUUUGUAUUCGAAGUUAUAAAGCUCUUCAUCCUCAUUUUUUUAUUAUAUUUUAUUUUGAUCUAGGCCUUUUUUAAACGGGUGUCACUCAUCAUGCUUCCCCAACCGCAAUAUUCUCAGCAAAGUCUCUCGACCGAUGACUACUCCAGUAACUUGGAGAAAGGUGCAAACAGCUCUUAUCAAUAUGAACCAGAAAGUCGAAAGUUGAAUACUGGCGACGAACACUUUGAAGAAGUGAAGAAGCCUUGGUAUCAGACUUACGAGAGAAAGAUUCUGGUUGGUGUCAUCAUCUUUAUUUGUCUUCUUCUUAUUAUCAUCUUGGGUAGUGUUCUAGGCCAUCGUACACAUGAAAGAAAUCGUCAUCCUUCAUAUAAAAAAGAGAACUACACAUUGUACGAAUCAUACGAAGGUGAAUCAUUUUUUGAUGGCUUUGAUUUUUGGAACAAGACAGAUCCUACUCAUGGUUUUGUUCAAUACAAGAACCGUGAAGCCAGUGAGCAAAUGGGUUUGAUUCAUGCUAACAGUACCAACGUAAUUAUGACUGCUGACCACAAGGAUAAGUACCCUAAUGGUCGUCCGUCUGUUCGAAUCUCAACUAAGAAGCAAUUCAAGGAGGUUUUAAUUAUCCUUGAUGUUUUGCAUGCACCUACUGGAUGCGGUACUUGGCCCGCAUUUUGGACAGUUGGUGAUAACUGGCCUAAAAACGGUGAGAUUGAUAUCAUGGAAAAUGUGAAUUUAGCUCGUAAAGGUCAAGUUACAUUGCACACUGAUGAUGGUUGUGAUAUGACUGGUGUCAAGCAAGUAAUGACCGGAAGCUUAUUGCAAUCCAACUGUUAUGUAGAUGCUCCUGGAGCCAAUAACGCUGGUUGCGGUGUGUCAGCCGCUGAGGAAGGCUCAUUUGGAGCCCCUUUUAAUGAACAACAUGGUGGUGUUUACGCUCUUGAUUGGCGUAAUGAAGGUAUUCGCGCCUGGUUUUUCAAUCGUACACAUAUCCCUUCCGACAUCACGAACAAACAACCUCAGCCCGCUGGAUGGGGAACUCCUUUAGCUGAUUUCCCUAACACAAAGUGUGAUAUUAGCAAGCGAUUUGGUGAUCAGAAAAUUGUUUUUGAUCUUACCUUCUGUGGUGACUGGGCUGGCUCUGGUUCAUCUUAUUCUGGUGCUGGAUGUUCAUCUAGCUGCACCGAUUUCGUUGCCAAUAAUCCCCAAAAUCUGACAGAAGCAUACUGGAAUGUUCGUGGUUUGAACGUCUAUAAAAGUCACUAAUUAUUACUCAUAAGGCUACAGGGUGAGUGUUAGAAUACUGAAAGCUUCAAAGUUAGUCAUUCAAGAUAUGGUUUUCUAAGAUGGCAAAUUAGCCCGUGAACAUUGCUUCACUUAUCUUGGAAGCCGACCUGAAUAGCAUAGCAUGUUGAUUAUAUGUUAUUUUAUCAAUAAUAAUAGGUACUUUGUUAAAGAAUACCUUGAAAUGAAGAUUCAUAUUCAGCACAACAACAUUCAUUAU